UUUGCCAAAAACCUGCUCCGCUCUUUCACUUCUUCUUCUUUUAUAUAACCAAAGCAAGGCCGAUUUUAAACCGGCGCUUUCUUUUUUAUGGUUGUAUUUCUUGUUUCAUUUAAUCAGAUUAUCAAGUGAGAAAAAGAGAGAAUGAAAAGGGAAGAUACAGUUAGGAAUGGGCAUUUCCUCGCCGAUAGGAGAUGGUUUUUCCCCAUCGUUAUCGCCGGCCUUAUAGCCGGAGCGAUUGUUACGUCCAGCUUCAUAAAAGCCGCCGAUUACUCGCUGCUAUGCUCCGUCGCCAACACCAUACCACCCCAGGGCGUUGGUAAUGGGUCGGCCACGCCGAUCCAACUCCAAGCCAUCAUCCACUACGCCACAUCACGCAUCACACCGCAACAAAACUUUAGGGAGAUCUCCGUUACCUUUGACGUCCUCAAGAAACGUUCUCCUUGUAAUUUCCUCGUCUUUGGUCUCGGCUACGAUUCCAUGAUGUGGACUUCGCUUAAUCCCAAUGGCAACACUAUAUUCCUGGAAGAGGAUCCCAAAUGGGUCCAGACCGUGCUCAAAGACGCGCCAGUCCUCCACGCCCACCCCGUCAAGUACCGUACACAGCUCAAGGAAGCCGACGCUCUGCUCUCCCAUUACCGCUCCGAACCCAGCUGUUUUCCCUCCGAAGCUUACUUACGAGGAAACGAUAAGUGCAAGCUUGCCUUGACGGGCUUUCCCGAUGAGUUCUACGAUACGGAGUGGGAUUUAAUAAUGAUCGACGCGCCGCGCGGAUAUUUCCCGGAGGCACCGGGAAGGAUGGCUGCGAUAUUCUCGGCGGCGGUCAUGGCGAGGAACAGGAAAGGGUCCGGCGUAACGCACGUGCUCUUACACGACGUGGAUCGGAGGGUAGAGAAGGUCUUCGCCGAGGAGUUUUUAUGUAGAAAAUACUUGGUUAAAAGUGUCGGUAGACUCUGGCAUUUUGAGAUUCCUUCCGCUGCUAACAUGAGCAGCCACGGCGGCGCUCAGUUUUGCUAAAAUGCGCUCCGUUCAGUCAUGCUCGUGUGUGUCAGAACUCACUCAUAAAUGAUAUAUUUUGAAAUAGUGGUAAUUUUUCGUUUUAUGAAUUGAGGGUUUUCUUUUAUAUUAUAAAUAAAAAUCAAGGAUGUUGUUGAUGAUUA